AUGGGUAGCAUGGGCGCGUCCAACGGUUUGAAACUCAAGAUUGCUAUUGGUCUGUCCAGGCAGUCGCUCACGAUCGAGUCCCCUGCUAAGAAAAGCAGACAGAGGUGGCACUUUCACGGACUGCUUGGGGAUAGUCGAAGGCCGCAAAGACGACAUCGUUGUCAAGUUGUUGUCGCAAGAUCCAGAAAACUACGACGACGCUCCCAUCGAAGGCAUCCGACGGAUUCUCGAGCAAGCAACCGGAAGGCCUUUCCCUCGCAAGGAAAAGCUCGAUGUGAGCAGCUUUUCUGAGCUUAGUGUGCGGAUGGGCACAACAGUCGCGACAAAUGCGCUCCUUGAACGGAAAGGCGAGAAGGUUGCACUACUGAUCACUUCCGGUUUCAAAGACGCCCUUCGUAUUGGCACGCAAUCGCGGCCAAAGCUCUUCGAUCUUAAUAUUGUACGACCAGAUGUGCUCUACGAGGACGUCGUCGAGGUUGACGAGCGAGUGACUAUCGAAGAAUAUCAGCAGAAUCCACAACCUGAUCCGGUAAAGCUGCAGGCUGCGCUCCAAACCGAUCCUGAUCUUUGCAAGGGCGUGUCUGGUGAGGUCGUCCGGGUACUGAAACGCAUCAAGCGCGACGAUGUACGAAGAGACUUGCAACGCCUGUUCGAUGGAGGAUAUCGAAGUAUUGCGGUGUGCCUUGUACACUCGUACACAUUCCAGGGUACGCAUUCGACUGGACAUUUAGGGGGCAGGUGAAAGACGCUAAUCUCUGAUAGAGCAUGAGCUCGCCAUUCAGGAAAUCGCCAAAGAAAUCGGGUUCACCCAGAUUUCGCUAUCAAGUCAGCUACUUCCCAUGAUAAAGCUGACAUCAAGGGGAACAAGUGCCACGGCAGACGCUUAUCUAACCCCUGUUCUUCAGCGAUACAUCGAAGGAUUCCGGGACGGAUUCGAAGAUCGCCUUACCAGCGAUACUGUCCGUUGCGAGUUCAUGCAGAGUGAUGGCGGCCUGGUAGCGUUUGACAAAUUUUCAGGCCUUCGUGCGAUUCUUUCCGGACCCGCCGGCGGCGUUGUUGGUAUUGCGAAUUCUUGUUUUGAUCAAAAAGAAAGAGUACCAAUUAUUGGCUUCGACAUGGGUGGCACCAGCACAGAUGUAUCCAGAUUUGAUGGCAAGCUCGAGCAUACGUUUGAAAACGUGAUUGCCGGGGUCACAGUCAUGGCACCGCAGCUCGAUAUUAACACGGUAGCUGCAGGCGGUGGAUCGAUCCUUUUCUGGAAGAAUGGGUAAGUUCUUAGCAUAUCCCGCGUCCUGAUUAAGCUGACCUCGCAAAGCCUCUUUGUUGUUGGCCCAGAGAGUGCUGGGGCUCAUCCGGGUCCUGUGAGAUUUAAGAUAGUGUGCGCUUGGCGCCGUAGCAUACACUGACGGCCGUGUGUUAGGCAUGCUACCGCAAAGGUGGCCCAUUGACAGUGACAGACGCCAAUCUGUUCCUCGGACGGCUGCUGCCGGAGUCUUUUCCGAAGAUCUUUGGUCCAAGAGAGAACGAAGCCUUGGACGUCGAAGUGACAAGGACAAAAUUUCGGGAGCUGACAGACCAGAUCAAUGCGGAGACUGGCCAGUCAAAGACAGCCGAAGAAAUAGCUCUAGGUUUCAUCGAGGUCGCCAACGAGUCCAUGGCCAAGCCCAUUCGCCUUCUAACUGAAGCUCGCGGAUUCGAUACAUCAGCCCACCAUCUGGCUUCCUUUGGAGGCGCUGGCGGUCAACAUGCUUGCGCUAUCGCUGCCUCGCUGUCAAUACAGACCGUGGUCAUUCAUCGAUAUUCAUCGAUUCUCUCAGCCUAUGGCAUGGCUCUUGCAGAUCUUGUCCAUGAAGCUCAAGAGCCUGCCACAGGUGUCGUGGAUUGUACCAGCCUGGUCGAAAUCGUGAAAAGAGUGGCUUCAUUGAAGCUUAAAGUAACUGAAGCUCUUAUCAAGGAUGGCGUCGCUGCAGAUCGUGUGAGCCACGAGGUAUAUCUGAACCUUCGAUAUCAAGGCACCGACAACACGUUGAUGGUGCUUGAGCCAGAGGACGGCGACUUUCUCAAUGCCUUCUGCAGCGAACAUGAGCGAGAAUUUGGCUUCACGUUUCCAGACCGGAAAAUUCUCAUCGAAGACAUCAGAGUUCGUGGCAUCGGCGAGUCGCUCUCAUUGCCAGCGGAGUCGCCUAAUGCAGAGCUUUCCGAAAUUGAGAAGCAACUCGUUGACACGCAACAAGCGACCGCUCGAACCCCUGUGACGUUCGCUGCCACAGGUACCGUGAAGACGCCAGUCUUCCAGCUGGAGAGCUUGAGUCCUGGAACAACGAUACCGGGGCCAGCAAUCAUUAUUGACAGCACACAAACACUCGUGGUAGAGCCGGGAUCCACCGCGACCAUCCUUUCGAAACACGUCAUUCUCGAUGUGUCGCCCAGGGAGCAGAAGGUCGUGUCUGCCAAUGUGGUCGAUCCAAUCCGCCUGUCGGUAUUUGGCCAUCGCUUCAUGGCUAUCGCCGAACAAAUGGUAAGUAAUGCCACGGCUGAUGGCACCUUUUCAUGUCGAGACCAGCCACUCACGUCCUACCUUUCGCUUUGUAGGGCCGUAUGUUCCAGAAGACGUCAGUCUCCACCAACAUCAAAGAGAGAUUGGACUUCUCUUGCGCGGUGUUCUCGCCCGACGGGAGACUGGUGGCAAACGCGCCCCAUGUACCCGUGCAUUUGGGAUCUAUGGAAUAUGCUGUCAGAUUCCAACAUGAGCAGCUUCGCGGCAAGCUUCAGCCGGGCGACCACAUCUGCACCAAUCAUCCGGUGGCAGGAGGCACUCAUCUUCCCGAUAUUACCAUUAUCACUCCGGUCUGGGACGACGCAGGCGCCAACAUCAUCUUCUACGUUGCAUCUCGGGGCCACCAUGCAGAGAUUGGGGGUAUUCAUCCAGGGUCUAUGCCAUCAGACAGCCGAAUGCUAUACGAGGAAGGUGCCAUGACCAUGGGUGAGUCUCAUUUUCGCAUUUGUUCCAGUGUUGUGCUGAUGGCUUGCAGGCUUCAAGAUUGUCUCUGCUGGCCAAUUCGACGAGGUCAUGGUGCGGCGGUUUUUGUACGAUGAUCCAGCCUCCUAUCCCGGUUGCAGUGGCACCAGAACAUACAAAGAUAACGUGUCCGACCUGAAAGCAGCUAUUGCGGCAAAUCAGAAGGGUGCACAGUUGAUCAAUUCCCUUGUUGAAGAAUACACGCUGCCAGUGGUGCACUUCUACAUGGAUGCUAUCAAGUCCAAUGCGGAGAUUGCCGUGCGAAACUUCUUGAGGGACGUCGGCCGGAAGACGAAAGGCAAGCCACUGAUAUUCUCCGAUUUCAUGGACGACGGUACAGAGAUCCAUCUCGAGGUGGCGAUCGAUACAGCCACUGGUGACAGCACGUUCGACUUCACAGGGACCGGAAGAGAGACGUUCAAUUGCCUCAAUGCUCCGAAGGCGAUCGCGCAUUCUGCGAUUAUUUAUUGUCUCCGUGCGUUGAUCAACCAGGAUAUUCCACUAAAUCAAGGCUGCCUCGCGCCAAUCAAGGUUAUCAUUCCGGAGAGAAGCCUCUUGAAUCCUUCUGAAUAUGCAGCAGUCUGUGCUGGAAACCCGAUUACAUCUCAGAGAAUUACAGAUGUCGUUCUUGGCGCUUUCGGAGCAUGUGCAGCUUCGCAGGGCUGCUGCAACAUCAUCUCAUUCGGGACUGGAGGACUAGAUGCCACUGGUAGAGAAGUGCCUGGAUUUGGUGUUGGCGAAACGAUCUGUGGUGGCUCAGGCGCCGGUCCGACGUGGAAUGGCACGUCUGGAGUGCACGUCCACAUGACGAACACUCGUAUCACGGACGCAGAGGUGUACGAGCUACGAUAUCCGAUCAUCCUGAGGCAAUUUUCGAUCCGAGAAGGCUCCUGCGGUCAAGGGCAGUUCAGAGGAGGCGAUGGGGUUCUCCGUGAGAUUGAGUUCCGGAUGCCUCUCUCUGUGUCCAUGUUGAGCGAGCGCAGAGUCAUCCGCCCGUAUGGAAUGGCGGGAGGUCAGCCGGGACAAGCCGGACUCAAUCUGUACGCGAGAAAGGAGGCGGACGGCAGUGAGAGGAUCAUCAACAUCGGCGGCAAGAUGGAGAUGAACGCGCAGCCGGGCGAGCGCAUCCUCAUCCACACACCAGGCGGAGGCGGUUAUGGUGCUCCGGGUGAUGGUGAUGGUGAUGGUCAUGCAUCAGGUGAUGCCAGUCGUGGAGUCUUGAGCAAAGCGCUAGCGAACAUCGGAUUCACUCCAAGAGGGAGCGUCCAUGCGUGGACAGUCGCAGCUGAGGCAGCACAAUAG